UCCACGACUUCUUAUCAAUCCAAGAAUCCAGUCAAAAGCUCCCUCAGCGGACAACAUUGGGAGGGACGCGCAUUGUGUCUCCUUACCAUCGUAGCAUAAUGCAGACAUAGAAAGCAAAGCUUCACCAUUGCAGCACAUGUUUUCGAACCAAGAGCUGGAACUCAACUACUUUUCGCAACACUACUCGACGGUAAAUCUAUUGACGGGCUAGAUUGUCCACUUCAUUUCAUUGCGAAUCUCCUACAAUGUCCGCUUCACCCUCUGAGAUCGUGGUGCUAGGCGCAGGUGUCGCCGGACUGACCACGGCAUUCGAGGCUCGACAGCAAUUCCCUGCAGCGCACAUCACCGUGGUCGCAAAGUAUCUUCCUGGAUUCACCUCUCCGACGGAAUAUGUGUCGCCGUGGGCUGGCGCGAACUGGCAUUCCUUUGAAAAGGAACGCAAUCAGUUUGCGGAAUACGAUGCUGUCUCGUUCGCCAAGUUCAUCCAGAUCGCCGCCAAAACACCAGAAAGCGGCGUGAAGAGCCUGCCGAUGCGCGUGGUCUACGACCACGAAGAAGCACGGCAGAAGCCACUAUGGUACGGCGACGUGGUCGGCGGGAUUAAAGAAGCCCCCAAACAUGUGCUUCCCGCCGGCGCCGUCAUGGCCUUGGACAUGGACAGCUUCAUGAUCAACACGGUCGCGUAUCUUCAAUGGCUGCAAACACAACUCCUCAAGGCAAACGUCAAAUUCAUAAGGAGAACGUGCAACCACAUCCAAACGCUCAUGCAAGAUUUCCCGAACGCCAAGGUGUUCUUCAACUGCACGGGUCUCGGCGCUCGCCAUCUCGGCGGCGUCGAAGACGAGGCAGUCUAUCCGACCAAGGGUCAGACAAUCCUCAUCGCCGAGCCCAAGAAGCCCCUAGAACGCAUGUACAUUUCUUCCUCCGCGGCCUGGCCGGCGGGUGAGUUCGCGCACGUUUUUCCACGACCCCUCGGCGGCGGCGUCAUCAUCGGCGGCGUCCGUCGCGACAACGACUGGACCGCCGAACCAGACAUGGAACUGGCGGAACGGAUCAAACAGAGAUGUUGCGCCCUGGCCCCGGAGUUGGGCAAGCCAGAGGAACUGCAAAUCUUAAGCCACAAUGUCGGCUUGCGACGUAAGUACACACCUACAAUUUGCACCAUCAUUCGCAGAAUUGCAGGCAAUCGCAUUUUUUGCAGGAUGCUGACACGUAAGCCACGGCCCAGCGAGCAGGAAAGGCGGCGCCCGAGUCGAGUUGGAGAAGCGCAAUGGGAAUUUCCUCAUCCACAACUACGGCGCAUCAGGCGCUGGAUAUCAGUCUUCAUGGGGCAUGGCCGCACAUGCUGUAGACUUGGUGAAGAACCAGUUGACAGCUAGAUCUAAGCUAUGAAUAUGAACAGAAGUACUAGUACUUUUGCUCGAACCUGCGGACAUGGGGAAAUGAAUGCUCGUGGGCACGCCACCAGUGAGCCUGCCACUUCCGGCCUGCAUGGACUAUGUUAUGCAAAACUUCGAGCUAUGAACGGAAGCAGCUUGCUCAAGCUUGGGCGCAUGGGAGCUUGUUCCGUGGUCAUCCAUUUAGACACAUUACGCUUUUCUCCCUGCGUGGACCGUCACACGAAACGCGGACUCAAUAAGCUAUCAAGCCUACAGAAGAUUCAGUAUUUUCCAACUCCGAAGCUCGAAUGAGAGGAAGCUGCCAUGAUCCCGUUGAACAUGAAUCAGAGGUCAAGAAGCUAGGUAGGAAAAGUCGAAGUUGCAACUUCACAAGAAGACUUCAACUGGCCUUCAGUUUCUUACCCAUCACUAUAUUAACCUGCUGAAUAUCAACGAAUUUGGAUUCUGAUACCGAUUGAUACAACACUUCCAGCCCUCGCUUGGCCCAUUCAGACUUACAAGUCCUUGUCUCCACUGAACCCUUUCCUACCCUCACCCACUUGAACAGUUUCGACCUCCUCACCACUCAAUGACCGUGUCUCGGCCGGCCCAAACGUCCC